UAACGAAAUUGAAAGAGACUCCGUCAGAGUUUGACGAGCGAGCAGCCAAGCGAUAUCGAAUAUUUGUUCGUGGCAAAAAAAAUACAACACAAAAAAACUUGAACAAAAGCCAAAAGAAAAAUGUCAUCUAUGAAUCCAGAAUACGAUUAUCUUUUCAAACUGCUGUUGAUCGGCGACUCUGGCGUUGGAAAGUCCUGUCUGCUGCUCCGAUUUGCCGAUGACACAUAUACAGAGAGCUAUAUCAGCACAAUUGGCGUUGACUUUAAAAUUAGAACCAUAGAACUGGAUGGCAAAACGAUUAAAUUGCAGAUUUGGGAUACUGCUGGACAGGAGCGCUUCCGUACCAUCACCUCAUCAUACUAUCGUGGCGCGCAUGGCAUUAUUGUCGUUUACGAUUGCACGGACCAGGAGUCCUUCAACAAUGUGAAGCAGUGGCUUGAGGAAAUUGAGCGAUAUGCAUGCGAAAAUGUCAAUAAAUUGUUAGUCGGCAACAAGAGCGAUUUGACCACCAAGAAAGUUGUCGAUCAUACCACAGCUGCUGAGUACGCAAAUCAAUUAGGCAUUCCAUUCCUUGAAACUUCGGCUAAGAGUGCCACCAACGUGGAGCAGGCAUUCAUGACGAUGGCGGCAGAGAUCAAGAAUCGCGUUGGGCCGCCGUCUAGCGCUACUGAUAAUGCUAGCAAAGUAAAGAUCGAUCAGGGACGUCCAGUGGAAAACAACAGAUCUGGUUGCUGCUGAAUAACUCUGAUUGUGAAUCAUUAUUUUAUUAUACAAUUAAACAAAAUUUAAAUAUAAUAAAUUAAAACGAUAAAAAAAGGAAAGAAACACACACAACAACAAUAAAACAAGCAAAACCAUAAUUAAACAAACAAA